AAGACACUUGUCGCACCCGGACAUUACAGCAGACAAAACCCAAACCCAAAGCUUAGUCUCUCCUGAGCUCACACACACAGAUAGAAGAAACAGACACUUCCCAAUUUUUUCUUCACUAAAUUUUUUUUCCCAUUUCUGGAAAAAAAAAAUUUAAAAAAAGGGAAUCAAGGGAUUUGCCUAGUCAGCUGUUGCUUGCUAGUUUGGUUAACAGAAGAUGGGAUCUAAUAUAAACUUCAAGAACUAUGGUGAUGUGCAAAAUGGGGAUGUAAAUGGUGGGAGGCUAGCUGGGAAUUUCUCACUGGCCCGGCAGUCUUCUGUGUACUCCCUGACGUUUGAUGAGUUCCAGAACACCAUGGGAGGGCUUGGAAAGGAUUUCGGGUCGAUGAACAUGGAUGAGCUUUUGAAGAAUAUAUGGAGUGCUGAAGAGACUCAAGGAAUGGUGACAUCUACUUGUGGGGCAGGAGAGGGAAAUGCCCCUGGGGGGAAUUUGCAGAGACAAGGUUCGUUAACUUUGCCGCGGACGCUUAGUCAGAAGACAGUUGAUGAUGUUUGGAAAGAGUUGAUUAGAGACAGUGGUGAUGCUAAAUAUGGUAAUGUUGGUGGGGGGCAGAAUUUGCCACAGGAACAAAGACAACAGACUUUGGGGGAGAUGACUUUGGAGGAGUUUUUGGCGAGAGCAGGGGUGGUGCGAGAAGAUGCUCAAGAAAUGGCAAGGCCUGGUAAUGGUGGAUUCUUUGCUGAAUUAUUCCGUCAAAGUAACAAUACCGGUUUAGCUCCUGGGUUCCAACAAGCAAGUCGAAACAAUGGUCUUUUGAGUAGUCGAGUAGAGAGUAACAAUAAUUCGGUUCCUAAUCAGUCUCCGAAUUUGGCACUGAAUGUUGGUGGACUGAGAACUUCGCAGCAACAAACACACCAGCUUCCCCCACAGCAGCAGCCAAUCUUUCCCAAGCCUGCAACUUUAUCUUUUUCCCCUUCUAUGCAUUUAGUAAGCAAUGCUCAGCUAACUAGCCCAAGAAGUAGGGGACCCGUCUCUGCGGUUGUGGAACCUUCUAGGAACACUGCUUUCUCUCAAGGUGGUGGGUUUCCGAGUGCAGGGAUUGGAAUGGGUGGUUUAGGUGCUGGAGGUGUUACAGUUGCAUCAAAAUCUCCCAUAAAUCAGAUGUCACCAGAUGUGAUUGCUAAGAGCAGUGCAGAUACAUCUUCAUUGUCACCAGUUCCUUACAUGUUUACUCGCGGAAGGAAAGCCAAUGGAGCUUUGGAGAAAGUAGUUGAGAGAAGGCAAAGGAGAAUGAUAAAGAACAGAGAAUCUGCUGCAAGGUCUCGAGCUCGUAAACAGGCCUACACCUUGGAACUAGAGGCAGAAGUUGCAAAACUUAAAGAAAUGAAUGAAGAAUUACAGAGAAAACAGGCUGAAAUUGUGGAAAUGCAGAAAGAUGAGAUUUUGGAGACAAUGCAGCGGAAAUGGGGAGGUAAAAGACAGUGCUUGAGACGAACAUUGACUGGCCCUUGGUAAUUUUGAUGAGUUUUACUGCAGAUAUGAGAUGAGCGCUCGAGUUUACAAAAUAGGUAGUAUGGUACAAAGAUUGGAGUUUGUAUCUGUUAUCUGCAUCCAAUCUUAUACUUCAAACACUAGGUAGUAGCUGUAUGUAUAGGAGCGGAGUUGUGAGUUGUAAAUUAAGACUACGGUUAGUCUCAUCUUGUAGAUAAAACUUUUGUAUGUGUAAUCUCUUGCUUCACAUUUGAUUGCAAAUGGAAUGUAGGGAUAAUUAAGAGAAGUCAUAUGUAAACUCUUGUCAGUA